CUUCCGCCCAAGACGCAUUGCUGAGGGUUGACGGGACACCGUCGGCCCCCCAACGUAGAGUCGCCGCGAUGCGGUCCUACUCGCUGCCCACAUGGCCACUGCAGUCGGAGGGGUUCCAGCGCAAGCCCAUGACGGACGAGCUCACGCGGAAGGAGGAUCUCUGGCUGGCGGAUGCCAAGGAGUUUUUGGCCAACUGCCCCGAGUGGCCCGCGGCCCCCGUUGCCAAGGAGAAGAGAAAGACUUGAAGCGGCGCCUGCAGUCUGUGAACUUUUUAGCCUGGCAGAAAGGGCAGCUCACCGACAAUCUGCGGCGGAAGAGCGAGCAGACCUUGGUGGCUGCCGCGGAUCUCCGGGAGCUGGUCACCGCGGUGUGGCGCGAUGGACAUGCAGCGCAGGAGGAGGAGGAGGCCUUGUGUCGGGCCGAGGAGGAGUUGCUGGCGUCACGGAGCCGCUGCGCCGCGGAGCUGGAGGAGGGCUGUGGCGGCAGCUGGACCUUCGGGAGAAACAGCUGGAGGAGCGCGCGCAGAAGGUGCUCGCCCCGGAUCUCUCCCUGGAGCUCUUAGAAGUCGGCCGACUCUCUGAGGCGGUCUGCGGCCAGGCGGGCGAUCUGCAAGAUGAGACCUCCACACUGCUGGAUCUGCAUCAGGAUCUGGAGACCAGGGACGCCGCACUUGAAGCCCAGGAGGCCGCUUUCGCCUGCUUCGUGGAGAGUCUCGCGGAUGCCCCCAAGUGUGACGAUUUGCGUGUAGGCGUGGCCCGGCAGCUGGCUGGCGGUGACACGGAGAGUCUCGAGGCUCUGCUCUCUGUGCUCGCAGGCGAGGGCGAGGACGUGGCCGAGCUCGCCAGUGAGGCAUUCUCCAGCCCCGAGGCCUGCGCUCCCAGGCCACAAGACAGCCCAACGUGGGCGAGCGAAGACAUAUCCCCCGAAGGGCAACAGGACUCGGGCUACGAUGAGUGGCUGGAAGAAGCGCUGGAAGAAGGCGAGGAGGAGGAGCUGGAGGUGGAUAUGGAGGAGGAUGCAGAAGAGGAAUUGCUCGAAGACGAGGCGGAGCCUGCCAGAGAUGCUUUGCUAGGCACUGUGGACAGCAGCCCGGGCACUGCCUUGCCCUCCGAGAGCCGCUUCAUCGGCUUUCCGGGCCUCAAGGCGCCUGACUCUGCGAAGUCCUCGGGUGGCGCAGCGCCUCGACCCACUUUCCCGGUGUCGGCAAGAGUGGUAUCUCACGCAGUGGCCACGCCGGCACCGUACGUCACGAUGUGCAACCCCCACGGAGCUGCCAUGCGGCCUCUCCGCGGCGAUCUCGUGACCACCUGGCCGCAAAAGAAAUCCUCCGAGGGGUCCCGUGGCUUCGGUGCGGCGAGGGGCUUGGCGCCCUGCUUCGUCGUGGCGUCGGCUCCCUCCCAGGUCGCACCGAGCCGUGCGCCAGCCUUGAAAUCGAGGACUCCUCAGAAGUUGCAGUGGCUUAGAGGCUGGGAGCUGGCGCUUUUGGCAGGUGCCGCCAGCAAGAGACGAGCAGUGGUCACUAGACGUGCGCAGCUGGCGAAAACCACGCCGGUGUCGCCGCCGGUGGAACAUGUGGACAUGGAGCUAGAUUUUGCAGAACGAGCCCAAGAUGCCUUGAUGAAGACAGGCAGGGAGCACGAGAAAGGUGUGAUCACCUGGAACCAGCCGGGCUGGGAUUUCAAAGACGUGGCCAAGAUCUUUGUGCUCUCCGGCAAGGGAGGCAACGGCUGCAAGUCCUUCCAUCGCGAGAUGUACAUGCCCCUCAUGGGCCCUGACGGUGGCAGCGGAGGGCAAGGUGGCGAUGUGAUUCUCGAGUGUCGCUCCGAGAUGUCCAACACGUUGAAGCAGUUCCGCGAGCGGACGCACUACUACGCAGGCAACGGCAGGGUCGGCAUGGGCAGCAGUCGUACGGGUGCGAAGGGCAACGAUUUAGUCCUGCGCGUGCCCCCCGGUACCGUGGUCUAUGUACGGGAACGCUGGGUGCCGGGCUGCGACAACAAGACCAAUGAGCUUCCCUUUGAGCAGAUGCUGAUUCGACAUGAGGACAUCUCGGAGCGGCGUUUGAUCGGUGAGCUCACGCAACAUGGGCAGCGUCUGCGUGUGGCGCGAGGUGGGCGCCCGGGCAAGGGCAACGAGGCCUUCAAGACGCCCACGAAUACGGCGCCUUUCUUCUUUACCAAGGGCGAGCCAGGCCGCGGGCGCUGGAUAGACCUCGAACUCAAGAUUAUCUCAGACAUUGGCAUCAUCGGCGUGCCAAACGCCGGGAAAUCGUCGCUACUUCAUGCGGUCACCGACAAGCAGCCGAAGAUCGCCGCGUACCCCUUCACUACCACAGAGCCCAACCUGGGCCUUUGGAAGCGAGACGUGCACGGCGGCCUCACGCUGGUGGAUGUGCCGGGCCUGAUCGACGGCGCAGCCACUGGCCGCGGCAUGGGCAUCCGAUUCCUGCGCCACAUCGAGCGCUGCAAGACGCUUCUCCACGUCAUCGACGGGAACUCUGAGGAUCCCCUGGGCGACUAUGAGGCUAUCCAGCAGGAGCUCAAGAAUUACAGCUCGGAGGUUGUGCUGAAGCCGCAAGUGAUUGUGGUGAACAAGGCGGACCUGCCUGAUGUGCAGGAACGCCUCCCGAAACUUAUGCAGGAGUUGCGGAGGCGCAGUGGACACACCCGGGUCUUCGACAUAUCGGCAGCAACCAGGUACAACUGUGACAAGCUGAUGGAUCGUGUCCAUAAAUGGUACAAGUCCGUGGUGAAGAAGGAGUGGGAAGAGAAGGGCACGCCAGUGGAAGACAGCAAAGAAGCCGGGCUCGUGGUGGGAAGGCGUGAGCUGACGCAGCUGGGCGGAAAGGUGGAGGAGGUGGCCCGAGGGAACUUGGUGCAGUUGGACGAGGAGCUGCCGAAGGGGCGCAGAAGGAAGACCCAGUUCCAGUCCAAAGUGGAGUGGGAUGUCAUCGAUGAGGCUUGGCGGCUGAUCCAUCCGGAAGUCGAAAAGGUGGCCAAACUCACGGACUGGAGCUAUGAGAGCGGCUACGACCGCUUGAACGCAGUGCUCAAGGCCACGGGCAUGUCGGAGGCCAUGAAGCUCAUGGGCUUGAAGGAGGGCGAGACCAUCAUCGUGCAUGAGAAGAAGUUCUCCUAUAACCCGGAGAUGAUGGGACUGGAGUCCAGGAUGUUGUUCGGGCAGCUGGAGCUGAAGACGAAGAAGGAAGUCAAGCAGAAGAACCCCACACGUUGA